AAGGUCCACGCUACUGCAAGAGGAGAACGGGAUAGAACCUGACUUCCCUAACAAAACAUCCCUGAAGUCCGGGCUCAAACAGGUAUUUUAUGUGUCACAAGGAUUCAAUUUAGGAUUUGAUACACUAAAGUCAUGAAUUUUCUUGUUGGAGCCUUCAAGCCACCAUGUAACAUUUCAAUCACAUUUGCUGAUGGAAGAACUCGCAAGCAGGUUUCAUUAAAGAAGGAAAAUGGUCAAACUGUAAUGGUUCCUCUUUUCCAGAGCCAAGAGAACAUUGUGGGGGAGGUUUCUCUAGAACCGAUUCAAGGGAAGAAGGUUGAACACAAUGGUGUGAAGAUUGAGCUCCUUGGUCAGAUAGAGCUAUAUUUUGACAGAGGCAACUUCUAUGACUUCACAUCCCUUGUGCGUGAACUUGAUGUGCCUGGCGAAAUAUAUGAAAGGAAAAGAUAUCCUUUUGAAUUUUCUACUGUUGAGAUGCCAUAUGAGUCAUAUAAUGGGGUGAAUGUAAGACUUAGGUAUAUCCUGAAAGUCACAAUCAGUCGGAAUUAUGUCAGCAACAUAGUGGAAUCCCAAGACUUUGUGGUUCGCAACUACACACCACUUCCAUCAAUCAAUAACAGCAUUAAGAUGGAAGUUGGAAUUGAAGAUUGCCUACACAUUGAAUUUGAGUACGGUAAAAGCAAGUAUCAUCUGAAGGAUGUUAUUAUAGGUAAAAUAUAUUUCCUUCUUGUAAGAAUCAAGAUUAAGAAUAUGGAGCUUGAGAUCAGACGCCGAGAAUCAACGGGAUCAGGGCCCAACACUUAUGUUGAAACAGAGACCCUUGCAAAAUUUGAGUUGAUGGAUGGUGCUCCUGUUAGAGGAGAAUCAAUACCAAUCAGGUUGUUUCUAAGCCCGUAUGAACUGACACCAACCUAUCGCAACAUCAAUAACAAGUUCAGUGUGAAAUAUUAUUUGAAUCUUGUCAUUGUAGACGAAGAAGACAGACGGUAUUUCAAGCAACAAGAAAUUACAAUUUAUCGCCUUCUAGAAACUUCCUGAGUCCGUUUCAAACGAGCUGAGUCUUAUAUCCAUAAGUUGAAUGAGUUGGUUUCCUUUUGGCAACUUCUUGUAAUUGGAAAAUGUAACAUCAUCGUUGAAAAAUGGCAGUUGCCAGUGCAUGGUUCUUUUUAUGGUUAAUAAUUUUUACAUUAAAGGAUCUCUAGCCAUGUAUUUGUGUAUA